AUGACCACCAUUAAAGGUGCCACCACGGAGCACCCACAGCCAUUGAACACGGACGGGUCAAAGGUCCCAGAUAACGAGAUUCAGCAAGAUGGUGUUCAGAUUGCUGAAGCAGUCACAACUACGUGGUCCCGCAAGCACCUCAUUAUUGCUUAUGGCAGCAUGUGGCUGGUGUAUUUCGUCAACAAUCUCAACAGCAGUCUCACCGCAAAUCUCUCCGCGUACAUUACGAGUGAAUUUUCGGAGCACUCACUAUUGACCGUGAUUUCUGUGGUAACCAGUGUCAUGGGUGCGGCAUGUUUGAUGCCCAUCGCCAAAGUCCUGAACCUUUUUGAUCGAACCGUUGGAUUUGUGAUCAUGAUUUUGAUUGCAAUCAUGGGUUUGAUCAUGAUGGCUGCUUGUGACAAUAUUGCGACUUAUUGUGCUGCACAGUCUUUUUAUACUGUUGGCCUCACCGGCGCCAUUUUCUGCAUUGACGUGAUAACCUCGGACACCUCAUCGCUUCGUGAUCGAGGUCUUGCUUAUGCCUUCACCUCCUCUCCUAGCAUGAUCACAGCCUUUUCCGGCUCCCCUUUAUCCAACCAAUUUCAUGAAACCAAUUGGCGAUGGGCAUAUGGGACGAUUUGCAUCAUUCUCCCUAUCGCUGCACUUCCUUUAAUUGUUACCUGGGAACUGGCUAAACGAAAGGCCGACAAGCAAGGUCAAUUACAAUACAAACAGAAGAUAGCGCGAUCCUGGCAAGCAAGCAUUUGGUACUACGUCAUAGAAUUUGAUGUCAUCGGAAUCUUCCUAAUGAUAGGAGGCACGAUUCUCUUCCUGACAUCUUUCAAUAUCGCCGGCAACACCGAAGGCCAGUGGCAAUCACCCAAGAUCAUUGCUAUGAUGGUUGUGGGAUUCUGUGUUCUCGUGGCAUUCGUCGCUUACGAGCGAUGGCUGGCGCCAAAGCCUUUCAUUCCAUUCCAUCUAAUCACCGAUCGCACUGUUAUUGGCGCAUGUCUACUGGAUAUUACCUACCAGGUCUCUUAUUAUUGCUGGGCCAGCUAUUUCACCUCCUACCUCCAAGUCGUCUACAAUACAAGCUUGACACAAGCCGGUUACAUCAGCGCCAUUUUUGAUUUCAUGGACCCGGUCUGGCUUAUUGGCUGCGGCUUUCUCAUCAGAGCAACUGGUCGCUUCAAGUGGCUCCUCUGCUGUGCCUUACCUCUCUACCUCCUGGCAAGCGGUCUGAUGAUUUAUUUCCGCUCACCAGGCCACAGCGUGGGAUACAUGUGCAUGUGCCAAAUCUUCCUCGCAGUAGGUGGUGGAACAUUUAUUCUGAUCGAGCAGGUUGCUGUUCUUGCUGCAGCCUCGCACGAAGACUAUGCCGCCAUGUUGGCACUUCUCAGUACGUUUGGAAACAUUGGUGGUGCAGUGGGAAGUAGUGUGUCUGGCGCUAUCUGGACAAACACGCUUCCUGUUAAGCUGCGUGAGUACCUUCCAGCCGAAUUGAAGGAACAGUGGUCGGAUAUAUACGAGUCGUUGGACAUACAACUCAGUUAUCCGGUUGGCUCUCCUGCUCGCAUUGCUAUCCAGAAUUCAUAUGCAUUCAGCCAGCGAUACAUGAUGAUUGCCGGCACGGCGGUAAUGGGACUUUCAAUUGCCUGGGUGCUUAUGAUGAGAAAUAUCAAAGUCCAGUCUAACAAGGAUCUUUCUAAGGUGCUUUUCUGA